UCCUCCUCCUCCCCCUCUUCGUCCUCCUCCUCUUCCUCCCCGCUCUGCGCUGCCGGCUGGCAGCGUGCGGCUGGACGGGGACCUGCGCCCGGAGCCGGGCCGGGCUGUCGGCGGCCGGGUGCGGGGCGGCGGCAGAGCCGGCGGCGCGGGGCCGGGCGGCGGGACCAUGGCGUGGGGCGAGCUCAGCCUCCUCCGCUGGCUCCGGGAGAGCCGGCAGUCCAGGAAACUGAUCCUGCUGAUCGUGUUCAUCGCCUUGCUGCUGGACAACAUGCUCCUGACCGUGGUCGUGCCAAUAAUUCCCAGUUACCUUUACAGCAUCAAACAUGCGAAAAAUGACACAGAAAUCCAGACUACUAAGCCUAACGUAGUCUCAACAACGAUGGACAAUUUUCAGAGCAUCUUCUCCUACUACGAUAACUCGACGAUGGUUACUGGAAAUGAAUCUGAUCAGACAGGACCCGGCGAGCUGCCUCGUGCUCAGACAGAACAAAUGACAGUAAAUGUGACUCCUUCCCCGGCUGACUGCCCCAAGGAAGAUAAGGACCUGCUGAAUGAAAACGUUCAAGUCGGUCUCUUGUUCGCUUCCAAAGCAACAGUGCAGCUCAUCACUAACCCCUUCAUAGGGCCGCUGACAAACAGAAUAGGCUACCAGAUCCCACUGUUUGCUGGCUUCUGCAUCAUGUUUGUGUCAACAAUCAUGUUUGCCUUCUCUGGAAGCUACACAUUGCUGUUUAUUGCCAGGUCUCUUCAAGGAGUGGGUUCCUCUUGUUCUUCGGUGGCAGGGAUGGGUAUGCUCGCCAGUGUCUAUACAGAUGAUGAAGAGAGAGGCAACGCGAUGGGAAUUGCACUGGGAGGCCUUGCUAUGGGAGUAUUAGUGGGCCCACCUUUUGGGAGCGUCAUGUAUGAGUUUGUGGGGAAGAGUUCUCCCUUCCUGGUGCUGGCAGCGCUAGCUCUGUUAGAUGGAGCUGUUCAAUUAUUUGUUCUGCAGCCAUCCAGAGCACAAGCAGAAAGUCAGAAGGGGACACCGUUACUGACACUUUUGAAGGACCCAUAUAUCAUUAUUGCAGCAGGAUCAAUCUGCUUUGCAAACAUGGCUAUUGCUAUGCUUGAACCAGCUUUACCCAUCUGGAUGAUGGAGACCAUGUGUUCAAAAAAAUGGCAGCUUGGCGUUGCUUUUCUUCCAGCCAGUAUCUCUUAUCUCAUUGGGACUAAUCUUUUUGGGAUACUUGCGCACAAAGUAGGAAGGUGGCUUUGUGCUUUGCUUGGGAUGCUAAUCGUGGGAAUAAGUAUUUUAUGCGUACCGUUUGCUAAAAACAUUUAUGGGCUCAUAGCACCAAAUUUUGGAGUUGGAUUUGCCAUUGGAAUGGUGGACUCAUCCAUGAUGCCAAUUAUGGGCUACCUCGUAGAUCUGCGUCACGUAUCUGUCUAUGGCAGUGUGUACGCAAUAGCCGAUGUUGCCUUUUGCAUGGGCUUUGCCAUAGGUCCUUCUGCUGGUGGUGCCAUUGCAAAGGCCAUUGGAUUUCCAUGGCUCAUGACGAUUAUAGGGAUUGUGGAUAUCCUCUUUGCUCCCCUGUGCUUUUUCCUUCGAAGUCCACCUGCCAAAGAGGAGAAAAUGGCAAUACUCAUGGAUCACAACUGUCCUGUGAAAACAAAAAUGUAUACCCAGAACAACAUCCAGUCCUACCCCAUAGGCGAUGAAGAAGAAUACGAAAGCGAUGAGUAACAUGAAAAAGCCAUAUAACAUAUUUUGGUGUACAAAAUGCAGUGUUUCAUGUGAAACAUCUCAUCCUCAUAGUUGUACUGUACAUCUAAUAGUGAAAUGGUCAAAAAAACCAAAGCUAUAUUAUUAAUCGCCCAUGGUUAUAAAGCAGACUGCUAACCGCCUUAUGGGGGGGUGGGGAAGCUUUUAUAGAGGGUUUGUAUAGCGUUAAUCUUUAUUUUGUGUAUUUAAUUUUAUUGAAUAUUACACUAUAUUUUUUAUUAAAUGUGUAGUAUAAAUCUGUAUAAAUGUCAGUUUUAACUAUUUGGUUUUUAAAGCCAACUCGUUGACAUACAAUGUUUCUUACUUUGGAGUCAUAAGUUACUGCCACGAACUCGGAUCUUUCUUAUUUAAUUGGAAGGGGGUAAAAAAGUAGCAAAGCUCAAAGAAAACCUAUCUAAUUUGCAUCCUUUUAAAUUGCACCCUUGUAAGUACACUGAGAGGAGCCAACGGCUGGAAUUUAGUGUGGACGUCACUAUCACUUUUUUGAUCAACUUUAGGUCAUAAUAAUAUACAUAAUAAAUAAAAGGCACAACUUCAUUGCCAAUUUAGAAAAAACGAGUUCUCCCUGAAACACUCAUGGAAUAUUGUGGAAAACAGUAUUUUAAACAGAUGAGUGCAUUGCUGUUAGUCAGCAGUAUUUAAUGAAGUUUUGUUAACCAGUUGUGCAAUAUGAAGCCCCCAAAACACACUACACCAGGUAAACAAGUAGAUACAAAUGUGCACUGUUCCCUUCCCUUAAAGGGAAUAUGAACAGCAUAAAGGUACUUUUUAUAUUUCUAUAUUUUUAAUCUUUUGAGUUUUAACAUAUCCCAACUUUAUUUUAGAUGCCUCUUCAGUGACUGGUUAAGAAAAGCUGCAGUAUCAUAGUAUUUAACUUUAGCAUGUACCAAAAGUAAGCUAGCAACUUCAGCAGUUCCAACAAAAAUCUAUUCUGUAUUUGCAUACACACCUUCAACUUUGCUAAAAAUAAUGAAAAAAAUGACCAGUUUAUUGCCAAUAGCUCUUACCAUUUGGGAAUACAGUAUAAUGCAGGUAAAGCACUGUAUUAGGCAGCCCCUUUCUGCAGUGAGAAAAAUCAGACUUUGAGAGAACAUUUUAAACCAAUCCCCAUGUCCUCAUUAGCAGUGGUGUAUCUUUUCAUCCAUAAAAUUAAAAUCUUUAUGUGCCUUCUUUCAUGUACGUGCAGAUGUUUUAUGUACGACAGCAUAGAUACUAUGUUUACAUAUAGUUUUGUAAAGCAUAUAUACUAUGGUCAGAAAAUAUGAAAAAUAUAGUGGACCAGACUUCAAGUAUUGCUUUGUCAAUAAUUAUGCGUUCAGACUGCAUUAAAAUAAAGUUAUCUGAAAGAAGUUCAUGAUCUAUUGUAAUAAAGUAAAAAUAAUAAAGAAAGAAAGAAUCCCCCUCAUCAUUUGCCUUAUGCAUUCUGUUUUACUGUAUCCUGGGGGGAAAAAAAAAAAAACAACAAAUAUUUUAGGUCUUGGGAAAAACACUUCUCAUUUCCAGUCCAUUUGUAACUCAGGACAAACGUUUUCACUCCAGGUCAUAAAUACAUGCAACUUGUUUAAGUAACUGCAAUAGCUUCCACAGAUCAGUCCUGGGCUGCUGCUCAGAUUUAGCUUUUGGGAAACAGCUACGGCCAAAAUGUGCAGUACCAGCACCACCCCUGUAUGUUCCUUAAAUAAGGGUGAAGAUUCUGAGAAAACAACACAAGCAAGAGGCUUAAAAUGGUGUGAAAGGCCAAGCAAGACAUCCUAUGGUUGAUUUGAAAACUCCACGUAAAGAUUUUUUGUGAUGGUGUAUUUUCAGUCGCAUUCCUUUGAGUACGUAACAGAUGGACAUCCUUCCUUCAAAGCAGAGAGGUGUUUGGAGACAGACAUUAGACAGCAUAAACCAAGGUUCUGUCAUAUGUUGAGUACUUCUCUGCCACUGAAUAAGUAACGCUUGUGCAGACUGAUGAGUAUUUACAUUAGGUUCAGAUUUUAACACUGUAGAUCAUUUAGAUACUCAAAACUUUGCUCCAAGAGAAGUUAUUUUACUUAGCUUCAUUGACCUGUUUUGGUCAACACCAAAAAUUGUUAAUUCAAUUAAAUUUGAAAUUAACAUACCAAUGUUAGAAUUCUAAAUUAUCAUAUAUGUUCAUUUAUUUGCCAGAUUAACAAAAUGUAUUGCUUAAAUUCACAAGUAUGAAAGAAAUGCAAAGGUAGCAACCUAUAUAUAUACUUUAAAGAAAGCACAGAAUGGCUUGCUUUAUACUUCAUGGCUUGGUUUUACACUUUUGAGAACAUCAAAAUUAAGGAAAAGUUCACAUUAAUCUGCAACACAAUCGAGUAUGAGGGGGAGAGAUUAAUGGAUCACAUUCCUCUAAUGCAGAUAAAGGCAAGUUCCUACUGGGGCAUCAUGAACCAGCAUCUUACCAGUUUGCUCAGCAGAUCCACACAGCUCAGUCUGGUUUCCCACGCUCUUCCUCUGCUCCCAGUCCACCAGAAGAAGUUAGAGGAAGGCAGAGUUAAGAGCCACCCAGACAUCCAUGUUUCCCCCCUAGAAGAGAUACUUAGCAGUUGUUCUAAAUUUUGGACUUUUGGAGGAGUAAGUAACCAAACCCUUUUUGCUGAGACUCAGGAAGGAACUUUAGUCACAGAAAACAUACAAAAACCCCAUUCUGUCCUGGAAUAGUUUGGGUUCUUUCAUAUUUUGUAUAUUUUGAUCUGUGUCAAUUUAAGUGUGAUAAAGUCACUUGGUUAAUUCGCUCCCACUACAGAGCCCUUCCCUGUAGUUGUAAACUUCCAUACAUGUUUCAUUUCAUAUUUAAGGGGAAAAAAAAACAAGGACAGAGAGUUACACAGAAAAGCUGAUUAGAUAAAAAUGAGCUAGUAAACAGUAAGCAUUUGUUUAGUUGUUAUCCAUUAACAUUUUCUGAAAGACAGGGCAAGUCAGAAGAAUUUUUCUCAGACAAUUUUUUCCCCCUAAUGUAACUCUGGUGGUAGUCACUAUCACCAAUGCUGCCACUGUAAUUAUUAUUUGUGCAGUGCUUGGAGGUCUUAAACAGCCAUAAACAUCCGUAACAUUUUAUAAGAUUCUCUAGCUAUACAAAGAAUCAGCUGGAAACACCACUUUUAAAAGAAAUUUACUAUUAAACUGUGAGUAAAACCACAUGCAUAUGCAAAUAGAAAGAAUACAUAAAAGCCCAAUUAAU